GCGCUGAGUGAAUGUGGCAGUCGAGGUUGAAGGGAGGGGUGGAUAGAGUGACCACACCGGGAUUUUUUCUCCCUUUUUUCUUUAUUAUCAUUUUCUAACAGAGCCAAGUUUUCAUAGUUUACCUGCCGCUUGCUGUUGUAAACCAGUGUGGAGGACGGGAGAGCCGGCUGCUGCUGCUUUUCUCCGGGACUAUCCGCUGUCUGUCGCUGUGAAAACAGUCCAGAAGAAAGGAGGAAAGGGGGAAACAACAUGGGGCGAUAAUAAGAAAAUGUGUGCUGUUGUGGACCGACGAUGACUCUGUGGGAGGACCCGUGAAACCUAUUUAUUUUAUUUAUUCUCCCUUUUCCCUUCCCUUUCCUGUCCUAUUUUUUGUUUUAUUCUUUAAACACCCCUCCCCUGGCUUUAAAAAAAUAAUAAUUUAAAAAGGAAAAAGGGGGCAGCGUUGCAAGAGGUGUGAAGGAUGGACCAAGCCGGCAUCCUGAGAAAGUUUAUCCAGGGGGUGAAGGCCAUGAGCGAGGGGGACAAGGAGAGGGGAGAGGACAACUUCGGCAGCGACUUCAUGCGGUUACGGCGCUUAUCAACCAAGUACCGGACGGAGAAGAUCUACCCCACCAACGUAGGGGAGAGGGAGGAGAACGUCAAGAAGAACAGAUAUAAGGAUAUACUGCCAUUUGACCACAGUAGAGUGAAAUUGAAAUUAAAAACAACCAAUCAGGACACAGAUUACAUCAAUGCAAACUUCAUCAAGGGUAUGGAUGGCCCGGAGGCCUACAUAGCAACUCAGGGUCCGCUGCCUAAUACUGUCAUCGAUUUCUGGAGGAUGAUCUGGGAGUACAACGUAGCUGUUAUUGUGAUGGCUUGUCGAGAAUUCGAGAUGGGAAGGAAAAAAUGUGAGCGCUAUUUCCCGCUGCCUGAGGAGGAAACCAUGAGUUUUGGCGCCUUCAAAAUUUCCUAUGAGUCGGAGCAGACCAGAACAGAUUACAAUAUCAAGAUAUUGACAGUGCAGUAUGAAAAUGAAACUCGGAGGCUAACCCAGUUUCAUUACAUAAACUGGCCCGAUCAUGACGUCCCCUCAUCAUUCGACUCCAUCCUGGACAUGAUUGGACUAAUGAGAGAAUACCAAGACAAUGAUGACGUCCCUAUAUGCGUCCACUGCAGUGCAGGCUGUGGGAGGACGGGUGCUAUCUGUGCUAUUGACCACACAUGGAACCUCCUCAAAGCCGGGAAAAUUCCCGAGGAUUUUAACGUUUUCCGGUUGAUCCAAGAGAUGAGGACGCAGCGGCACUCUGCUGUUCAAACAAAGGAGCAGUACGAGUUAGUUCAUAAAGCAAUCGCUCAGCUCUUUGAGAAACAACUGUAUCUACUGGAGAGUCCCACCAACACGCAGAUACAAGAUGGCAUGGAUGAAAGCAGUUCUGACAAAGCAAGCCACCCUUCAGAUGAGGAGAAAUGGGACACGCCACCUCCCAAACCUCCCCGCAUACGCAGUUCCCAGGUAGAAGGUGAUGUGAAAGAGGAGAUUCUGCAGCCUCCCGAGCCUCACCCGGUUCCCCCCAUUCUCACCCCAUCUCCCCCCUCAGCCUUCCCCACCGUCACCAACGUACGGCAGGACAAUGACCGCUACCACCCCAAACCCGUCAUACAUGUGUUAGCUACAACGCAGCAGAAUGUGACAGAGAAUAAAGACGUUGAUGAGCAGCAGAACCCGUCAGAACCAAUCAAACAAACCAGUCCCUCAGAGCAGAGGGAUCAAGAUCUCCUCAGCCGAAAUCAGCAGACUCAGGUGUCAAAUCUAGAUCUGAAUGACAAUUACAACAACAAAUUGUCCUCGACGUCGAUGAAAUCAGAAUCGGGUCAAAGCCAGACUCAGACGCCGCCCUCGCCCCUCUCCCCGGCCGUUGAAUGUUCUGGUGCUCCACGGAUUGAAAGGAAGCUCAGCAUUGAAAUUAAAAAGGUGCCGUUGCAGGAAGGACCUCGCAGCUUUGACACUUCCACCUCCAUUGGAGUCCCGGGCGUACAAGGCUCCAGCGCAAACACCAACAGCAGCAUGCUGCAGAGAGGCCUCGCCUUCAAGUCUCGCACCGGCCCGUCCCUGCUGACGUCCAGCUCCUCGCUGUCGGAAGACUCGGGCACAGAGGGGGGAUCAGGCGGAUGUGGGGAGAGUCAAGCAGAGGACGGUACUCUAACUAGACCAAAUCACCUUCCUGUGAAGAGCGGCGAGAAGGGAGAGCCGCAGGACCCCGACAGAGCAGAAGUGAAGGCUGGCCACGCAGCCUGGACGCAGCCUUCCAACAGCCCGGAAAAGCUAUUCCCCAAGACCUCCUCCUCUUCUUCCUCCUCAGACCGAGUCGCUCCAUCUUCAUCCUCCUCCUCCCACCUAUCUUCUUCCUCUUCCUCCUCCUCCUCCUCCACUCCUGUUAGGACUGCCCUGAGUUUCACCAACCCCCUGCACUCUGAUAACUCAGAUGAUGAGGGGAAUGGAGAGAUGCCUGGCGAGAAGGAGAGUUACCGUACAAAUCUAUCGGGGACUGGCAUGGUAGCCUCGUCCGUGCAGCAUGAAAGCCAGCAGCCGGUCAGAAAGGUGGUCCCCAUGUCCAUUGCAGUCACUUCAUCAGCCUCGGCAACCACAGCAAACUGCUGGGACAGCGAUGGCUCCCCUCCCCCCCUCCCCGAGAGAACCCCUGAGUCCUUCAUACUGGCCACAGACCCACUGGAAGUGAAAACGUCAGCCUCAGCCGAGUGGAGCAGUGCACAUAAAGAUGUGUCAGGUUCGGUUAACGCGUCUCCAGCUGACCCUGCAUCUGCUGGCAGCAUAGCAACAAACAACCAAGCAGACCUGGGUGGACUUCGGUAAUCGUGGUGCUCCGCCCAAAGGCCCUCGAGAACCCCCCUUGGAGUGGACAUGACUGAGCGAUCCGUCUACCCGCCCACCAACGGCGGCGGCGUCCCACAUCAGGAGAUGGACUCCACGGAUCUCACCUGGCUGCUCCAAAAACUUAGUUGCUAGAUGCCACACAGACAGACGGCACAUUUUUACAUAGAAACUGUUUCUGUGUAACUGUGUGCCAACAUCCUCCCCCUCCUCAGUCCUUCCCUCAAAGUGCCGCUCUGCAAUUCAAAAGAACAGCUUCUGGUUGAGAGACUUGUAUAUUUUACAGCAACGCCUUUUUCUUUUUUUUUUUCCCUCCCCCCCGCAGCUCAAACGGAUGUUAGAUGGUUUGACUUUUCUGUACUCUGACCUGGGAUCAGUCUUUCCCUGUUAACUUUCCAUGGCUCAAUACUAGAACAAGAAGGGGCAUUGUUUUUCCCUUUCUACACUAAAUAAACAGGGACCUAAGAGUGACUCUUACGCUUUGUUUCAAGCCAAAUGAGACGAAAGUAAGUCAAUCAGAAAAGCUACCGUGGGAGGUGGAUUCAUGAGGUUUAAAAAAAGAAAAGAAAACUCCCAGAGGUUGUUUGCUGUCUCGCACGGAACGAACAACAAUCUUCAAAGCGAACUUGGAUAAUCUGUUACCCAUGAUACAACUUUCUCAGCUGGCUGUGUGGAGGUCGCCAGGGAGCUCGCUGUGUCUCUCUAUACGUAUUUCUGUGUCUCUCUUUCCCUCUUUGUGGUGCUACAUUACAAAAGAUCAGCAAAGAAACAGAAGUGCAGGAGCUGCCCACCGCCAGCAUCAGCUGUUCCUCACCCCCCUCCAGCUUUUCUGCAGGUUUUUGCAGCCGUUGAAAUACUAGCUUGAGCAUUUUGCAUUUCUUCUGUCAGAGUCAUAAGCUGUCAUAGUUUGGUCAUUGCAGUGUUUGAGUAAACGUAUACUUCCAAUCUUUAUGGCUUGGAGUUAGAUGUGCUCCACAUGAAGCUGGAGCCAGUAGCUUGUUAGUUUUCAUUCAUUGAACUGAGGCUAAAUGUCUGCUUUUGAGAUUGCUUUGCAGACAUGAGUGGAGGCAUUUGUGUCUCAGAAAGAAAGCAAAAUAAUGCCUUUUUUUUGGUCUCAGACCUGAACUUUUACUCUAAAUAUGUUUUGAUUCUGUGAUAUCAAUAGUCAGCUGAAAGCAGAGAUAAUUAAAAAAAUGAUUUUAGAUGUCCAGGAAAAGGGUAGGAAGCAGCUCAACCUGAGCUAGAGGAGGGAAAUCAUUCAUGUAUUAUAAGAGCUGGAUCUGAAGGAUUCUUAUAAUUUGAAGUCCCUAGUUUAGUCACUUUAAAGGUAAAAUGGUAUUGAGCACAUCCGUAAUGACCAAGCUCACCAGCUCAAUGACUCUGGCUCUCGCUGCUGAGAGCAGGAUGCUGCGUCAGUCCACAGAGAAGACAGCCAACGUCCGCUUCGCUUGUCUUCUCCUUUGUGCUUCAGGCUUCUCUCGGUCCACGCUCAAGUUAACCAUUUCUCUUACUUUUCCCAUGCCUUCUUUUUGUUUUUCUCUCUCGUCGUUCUCUCAUCUGUCUGGUCUCUCGUCUGAGGCCCUCUUUUGAACAACCAUGAAAGUUUUCAAUCACAGCUUUUUACGAUCGACCUCAGUGUUUCGGAGUAUGAAUGUAACACCUGAAGCGCUUGAAGCCUGGGACUUUACAGGUGCAUAUUAAACCUCCAGCCCUCCUCUGCACAUCAGACUCAUUUGGUUUCUCAUAAAGCUGCAUUUCUUUUUUUUUUUUUAAACCUGCUUCUGUAUGUGUGAGGCAAUGAUCCAAUAAGACAACAGCGACUAAGGACCCAGAACUACUGUUUAAUUUUUUUUUUUCUUGUUGUUAACACCUUCUUCAUUAGCUACCAUAAGUACACAGCAUAUGCAUUGUUUUAUAAAGAUAAAGAGCUGUACAGAGCAGUUUAGGUAUAUAGUAUUUCAAAUUGUUUUAUACUAUCUCUUAAAUAUCCUUAUUAACAGAAGAUGUAAGAAAGUCAGUGCAUGAUAAUGAUGAUUCCUCCCGCCAAACAAUGUUCUCCUUAAAGUGUAAAUUAUUCUGCUGCCCUUUUUUCUUUGCUUCUGGCAAAUAUUUCAGGUUUUUUUUAAUGUUUAAACAAUAUGCUUAACAGGUUAUAAAAUGUUGUUUUAGUUUGUUGGCAGAGGAAAAGCAUAGACUGCCAGCUUCCCACCCCACCACCAUGAUGACUACAAUGGGCUCUGAAUAAGAUUGUAAUAAUGAUAUUACUGAUGAUGAUAAUAAUAAUAAUAAUAUUAAUAAUAAUAAUGGUCAUUUUUUUUUGUAAAUGGUAUUUUAAAAGUUAUUUUUGUACACAUGGUUGUUUGUUGUGUCACAAGUCAACUGAAUUCUCAUCCGCCUGACCUUGACUUUUCUCACAGACUCUCCCCAUGUCUGGAAAUCACUUUUCUUUCUCUUUUCUUGAACAUUUUUUGAUUUCUUUUUCUUCGGUCCCAGCAUUCGCUUUUUCAACAGAAAAUUCUGCACCUGAGAUGAGGCUCCGCUUCAGCAGUUGAGGAGCAUCUCAUUAGUAUUCCCCUUCUCAUGCCUCCUACUUUCCUCUCUCUGCUUUCCGUCUUUCACCCCCUUCACCAAACACAAACACACGAGCGUUAAGGCUGAUUUAUGGUUCCGCGUUACACCGACGCAGAGCCUACGGCGUACGGGUUACGUAGGCUCUGCGUCGAUUUAACGCAGAACCAUAAUUCAGGCUUAAAUCUCAGAAAAGAGCCCACCUGUGCCUUUAAGAGAGCCCUGGCCCCGCCCCCUCCCCGCUGCCCUCCAAUCAGCAUUAGUGGCGUGAGUGUGAGCAACGUGAUUGGCUGCCGCCUGCUCAUCAGCUCCUGUGGGUCUCUCACACCCCUCUCAUCCCCCCACACACACACACACACACACCUUCUCCUGACACACAAACACAGACGAAAUGUUUGUAUGUUGCAGAAAUCAAUCAGUAAAAAUGAACAUUAAGGAAAUAUGUGGCUCCUUUGUU